ACUGCCCAACAAAAAAAACAAUUGAACUGAAAUGGCGCACUUUUAUUGCCCCUCUAAAAUUCGUAAGAUUUUCUCGUCUCUUCAGAGUCCAGUCCACUGUCCAUUGUGCCAACCAAGAAAAAAGUUCACUUUUCAGACCUCCAAUUUUUCUGCCCACUUUCCGAGAAAUGCGGAAGAAACGCCGCGUUCCGGAGGUCCUCCGCCGGCUAUUCCAUAACCGGCCGCACACAUUGGCCGACGCCAUCAACUCCUUACUCCCUCCUCAUUCCUCGUCGUCAGUCCCUGACCACUGUCGUUUUUGCAAGGGCCGCCGUUGCCUCAGCUGCAGCGGGCCCAACGGCAUGUCGUUCAUUCUCCGACCCAACGACCCCUCCGAUUACCGCAACCUCCUCAACCACUGCUACGUCGUCUGGGAACGCGCCCCUACGCUUGCUCACUUUUCCCCCGACUCUCAUUGGUCCCAAAUUGAGAUUGUGAGGGCGGUGAUUGAAGUGAUGAUGCUUGAGCAACCUCUGUCUUCCAAUGUGAUAUGUACUGGUUAUGAUAAGUGUAAUCAGUCAAGCCCCAUUGUGGAGCUUCUUAAUUCUUCGGCUUGGUGUCUUCUAUUAGAAAGGGUUGGGGAUGGUAUUAUGGUUUAUUUACUAAGGAAUGCGUCUAUAUUUUUGCCAAUUCAGCGUAAGAAACAUGAGCAGGUCACAGGUCUUCCUAUUAGUAACUUAUGUCCAAAGAAGUUGAAGCCUGCACCGCAGGCACUACAUCAACAGUCAUUGCAAAAUCCAUGUGGACCCUGGAAAAAGAGGGAAAGAGAUGAUAACAUACAGUCAAUGUUGAAGAGACAGCAGCUCGGUAGUUCUUUCAGCACUGAUGAAACAUUCAGUUCUGUUACCUGCAAUGGCUGCUGCAGUGAUAGUGGAUUUGAUAGGAAUAAGCAUGGCCAUACUGAAGCAGCUAUGGAAACAACCAGCACUGUUAGCGAUGGCAAUGAGGGUAAUUUAAAUCAUGAACUUCAACAGAGUUCAGAAAGGCUUAAAAAGCGUAAUAGACCAUUUAGAUGGCAGCGCUGCAGGAAGCGCAGACAAUUAACUUCUCAAGAAACCAGCGUUAAGGGUCCUUUCACAACAGUUCUCGCUGACAAAGAAAGCUUACCUGGCAGGCUUUCUUGUUGCUUGAAACCGAGCUCAGGUCAUCAUGAUACAAAGUGCUGUUGUUUGGGGUUCCAGGUUCCACAAAAGGUUGCCAAAGGGGCUGAAAUAGACAGAAAAUCCAUGUUCUUUAACUUGGAACGCUCGUUAUCAGUUUUCCCCAAAAGACAUGUGCUGAAUUCUGUAAAGCCCAAUUCUGUCGGUGCAGAGUCUCUUGUUAAGAGUAUUUUUGGUAUGUCGGACAUAGAAAGUGCUCUGUCCAAGAUAUGUCCUCAUGGAAGUGGUCUUUGUCUCAUGGGUUCUGCAUGCCUGUAUCACUCACUUGUUAAGUCGCUUAAAAUUCUCAUACGCAGAGCUCGGCAUUGCCAUCAUUUGAGAUUAUUGGAGAAGCAUUGUUUUAUUACAUCUCCAAAUCUGAAUGCUAUUAAAAAUUCUGGUUGCAUCUUUGAGGGAGAAAGGCGGGGUAACAGUGUACUGAAGAAAUCUCAGUGUUGUACUACUGAUUCUUGCAAUGGUUCUCCAGCAGCCAUUGAUUCUCAUUCUGAGGAAAUUAAGUCUUACUGCUUGAAAAGUCAGGUGGUGUCCUUUGUAUGGGCUGUUUGUAGGAGUAUUAUUCCACCAGAUUUGCUAGGAACUCCUUCUAACUGGAGAAUGUUGAGGAGAAAUAUUUCCAAGUUCAUUUGUCUUAGAAGAUUUGAAAAAUUUUCUUUAAAGCAAUGUAUGCAUAAAUUGAAAACAUCUAGGUUCCCAUUUUUAUCAGAUAAACAGUAUUUCUGCUGCAUGAAUAAUCAGGCACCAAAGGGCAUAGAUGGAAAAAGUUCAGAAAUUAAUAAAGGAUCCACUAAAUUGAAUGAUGCCGCACAUCUUGUAAAACAAAAAGUCUUAGAAAGCUGGAUUUAUUGGUUCUUUUCAUCUAUAAUUGUUCCUUUGUUGCAAGCCAACUUCUAUGUCACUGAAAGUGAGAAUGGGAAGCAAGAUUUAUAUUACUAUCAAAAGUCAGUUUGGGAGAAAGUGAAGAAUAAGACCGUUACUUGCAUGAAAGCUCAGAACUAUCAUUACUUGGAUACUGCAACAACUAGAAGGAUUAUAAGAAAAAGAUUGUUUGGUUUUUCAAAGCUCCGGAUUUGUCCAAAAGAAUAUGGAGUGAGGUUGCUAGCAAAUUUAAAAGCAUCAUCAAGAAUGCCAAGGCAAGAGUUCUAUUUGGGAGAUCGGUCCGGUGGAAGACUAGGAAGAACAAAAAUGCAUCAGAGAAAGGUCAGAUUUGAACAUUUUAAGUCAGUGAAUCGUGUUCUUCGUGAUACACAUGCUGUUUUAAAAUCUAUACGAUUCAAGGAGCCAGAGAAGUUAGGUUCAUCAGUGUUUGAUUACAAUGAUGUCUACAGAAAGUUGUGCCCUUUUGUAAUUGGUUUGAAGAAUGGAUCGGCAAUGAUGCCUGAUGUAUUUAUUGUUGUUUCUGAUGUGUCAAAAGCCUUUGAUUCUGUUGACCAGGAUAAGCUGCUUUGUGUAAUGAAAGAUGUCCUAAGAACAGAUGAAUACUUUCUCAAACAUGCUUAUGAAGUUCUUUGCACAAAGAAAUCUUUGUGGGUUCAUGAGAAGCCUAUAUUAGUGGAUCAAAAUACCAGCUCGAGAUUUAAAUCUUCUGUCAUACACCGAUCAUUGCACAGUGUCCUUGUUAAUCAGGAGUGUAGCAGGUCUGUGAAGAAGCAGGAGCUAUUUUUUAAUCUAAAUCAACAUGUGAAGCGCAAUGUUCUGCAGUUGGAUAAGAAGUUUUAUUUGCAAGGUGUAGGCAUUCCUCAAGGAAGUGUUUUGUCUUCUUUGCUUUGCUCAUUAUACUAUGGACAUCUGGACAGGAAUGUGAUAUUUCCAUUUCUUGAAAAAACUUGGGAACCUACGAGAGUAGAUUUAUCAAGAGGACAUACUUUUGAAGAUGCUUCUGCUGCACAGAGUGGUAGUGAGGAUAAAAUUGGUUCGUCCUCUAGUCAUUUUCUAGUAAGAUUUAUUGAUGACUUUCUUUUCAUUUCAACUUCAAAGAAGCAGGCUUCUAGCUUCUACUCCAGGUUGCAAAGAGGAUUUCGGGAUUACAACUGCUUCAUGAAUGAGAAAAAGUUUGGUGUAAAUUUUAAUAUUCGACAGAUGCCUAGGCUGCCAUCAAACAGGGUAUACCUUGGUGAAGACGGCAUAUCAUUCCUUCGAUAUUGUGGUUUGCUUAUCAAUUCUUGCACUCUCGAAGUUCAGGCAGACUACACAAAGUAUUUGAGCAACCAUUUAAGUUCAACUCUUACUGUCAGCUGGCAAGGCCAACCUAGUCAUCAUUUGAAGGAAAAAUUGUGUGACUAUAUGAGACCUAAAUGUCAUCCGAUAUUCUUUGAUUCCAACAUUAAUUCAGCAUCUGUUGUGAGAUUAAAUAUCUACCAAGCGUUCUUGUUAUGUGCAAUGAAGUUCCAUUGUUAUGUUCGCGACUUAUCAAACAUAUGGAAACUUUGCAAUAGAUCCUAUGCUAACAUGAUCAAGAGAUCUUUGAGGUACAUGUACGUGCUCAUAAAGAGAAGGAUGCGUUCUGUGUAUAAUGGUUCUGACUUCCAACCAAUACUUCAAUUGGAAAAGGGAGAAGUUGAGUGGCUUGGUUUAUUUGCUUAUAUCCAAGUACUGAAGAGAAAGCAAUCACGGCAUAAGGAGUUGCUCUCCUUAUUGACGUCUAAGUUGUUGAGUCAUAAAAUAACGGGGUCUGUGUCUUCUCAACUAAGUUAUGCUGUUGAUAGAUCACAUUCCUCUCUAAUGUGGAAGAUCAAGUAUUAGAAGAUUCUUAGAGUGUAGUGUUGCUUGAACAAAGAGGCCGUGAAAGUGGAGAAAGCACGAUGUAUCUGACGAUGAACUCUACAAGACCGAUGCUACAUGACCACAUUCAAUUCUUACAGGGGUCAGAGUUGUGUGUCUCUCACAUAUGAUGGGAGGAUGUGGUCACCAAUGUGGUACAAUUCACAUUCGGCAAUGUGGUAUAGUUAGGUUUAGUGAAUUUGCAAAUUCAGCUUUCAAAUGUCGAUUUGCCAAGUCGUUUAUGUUUU